ACGGGACGGUGCGGGGAAGAUGGUGCUGAUCAAGGAAUUCCGAGUUGUUUUGCCAUGUUCGGUGCAAGAGUAUCAAGUUGGUCAACUUUAUUCGGUGGCAGAAGCUAGCAAAAAUGAAACAGGAGGUGGUGAAGGAAUUCAAGUCUUAAUAAACGAGCCUUACGAAAAAGACGAUGAGAAGGGACAAUAUACUCACAAAAUCUAUCAUUUAAAGAGUAAAGUUCCUGGUUUUGUAAGAAUGAUUGCUCCAGAAGGCUCCCUGGUGUUCCACGAGAAGGCCUGGAAUGCAUAUCCAUACUGUAGAACAAUUGUGACGAAUGAGUACAUGAAAGAUGACUUCUUCAUAAAAAUCGAGACCUGGCACAAACCCGAUCUGGGGACAUCAGAGAACGUGCACAAUUUAGAUCCGAACACGUGGAAGAGUGUUGAAGUUGUCCAUAUUGACAUUGCAGAUAGAACUCAAGUAGAACCAGGAGACUACAAAGCUGAUGAAGACCCUGCGUUAUUCCAGUCAGUUAAGACUAAGAGAGGACCUUUGGGGCCAAACUGGAAGAAAGAGCUAGCAACUGAUGAAGAGUGCCCUAAGAUGUGUGCUUACAAGUUGGUGACGAUUAAAUUUAAAUGGUGGGGACUGCAGAACAAAGUGGAAAACCUUAUACAGAAGCAAGAAAAAAGGAUAUUUACCAACUUCCAUCGCCAGCUGUUCUGUUGGAUUGACAAGUGGAUCGAUCUGACUAUGGAAGACAUCAGGAGGAUGGAGGAUGAGACUCAAAAGGAGCUGGAAGCGAUGCGUAAGAAGGGUUCCGUUCGAGGCACAUUGGCUGCUGACGUCUAGAGGAGUUCUCUGUAGGUUCUGAGGCAAAUCAAGCUGUUUACGUAAUCAAGGCCAAGUCAGAGGAACAAGUGCUGCCAAUGAUGAAUGAUGAUGGAUUUAACCGUCACAUGCAGUGUCGCAUUACAAAUGUGUGUGUGGAUGCAUGAUUAUUUGUAUAUAAUUAUAUAUACGCACAUGCAUACUGAAGGGGGUUGUUACAGUGUCUCCAGGGUACCACUAUACCUGUCCUCAGCAAAGAUGCAAAGGAAACUGCUUUCAUUAUGUAUACCUGAAGCAAAUAAAAAUCAACUGAGUAGAGUCA